UGAUUGGCUGGUGCAGAGUGAGGAGGAUAUAUAAAAGGCCUCUGUGGAACAUCUGGGAAGGUCAGUGAUAUCACCUGUUCAGAGUCAAACCUUGGAGCUUCUCAGACGGUACAUUUUCACCAUGAGUGGGUGCCCAUUUUUAGGAAACAACUUUGGAUGUGCUUUUAAAAAAUUGUCCAUAGACGGCAGUGAAGACGACAAAUCACAAACUGGUGUGAAUAGAGCCAGCAAAGGAGGACUUAUCUAUGGAAACUACCUGCAUUUGGAAAAGGUUUUGAACGCACAAGAACUUCAAAGUGAAAUAAAAGGAAAUAAAAUCCAUGACGAACAUCUUUUUAUCAUAACUCAUCAAGCUUAUGAACUCUGGUUUAAGCAAAUCCUCUGGGAAUUAGAUUCUGUCCGAGAGAUCUUUCAGAACGGCCAUGUUAGGGAUGAAAGGAACAUGCUUAAGGUUGUUACUCGAAUGCACCGAGUGGCAGUGAUCCUUAAGCUGCUGGUGCAGCAAUUUUCUGUUCUGGAAACGAUGACAGCCUUGGACUUCAAUGAUUUCAGAGAGUACUUAUCUCCAGCCUCAGGCUUCCAGAGUUUGCAAUUCCGACUGUUAGAAAACAAGAUAGGUGUUCUUCAGAGUUUGAGGGUCCCUUACAACAGAAGACAUUAUCGUGAUAACUUCAGAGGAGAAGAUAAUGAACUGCUACUUAAAUCCGAGCAGGAAAAAACACUACUUCAACUAGUGGAGGCGUGGCUGGAAAGAACACCAGGUUUAGAGCCACAUGGAUUUAACUUCUGGGGAAAGCUUGAAAACAACAUUCUCAAGGGCCUGGAAGAAGAAUUCACAAGAAUUCAGGCUAAGGAAGAAUCGGAGGAAAAGGAGGAACAGAUGGCUGAAUUUCGGAAACAAAAAGAGGUGUUACUCUCCUUAUUUGAUGAGAAACGUCACGAACAUCUCCUCAGUAAAGGUGAAAGAAGACUGUCAUACAGAGCACUUCAGGGGGCCUUGAUGAUAUAUUUUUACAGGGAAGAGCCUAGAUUCCAGGUCCCUUUUCAGUUGCUGACUUCUCUCAUGGACAUAGACGCACUCAUGACCAAAUGGAGAUAUAACCACGUGUGCAUGGUGCACAGAAUGCUGGGCAGCAAAGCUGGCACUGGUGGGUCCUCUGGUUAUCAGUAUCUGCGCUCAACAGUCAGUGACAGGUACAAGGUAUUUGUAGAUUUAUUUAAUCUUUCAACAUAUCUGGUUCCCCGACACUGGAUACCGAAGAUGAACCCAAUUAUUCAUAAAUUCCUUUACACGGCUGAAUAUUGUGACAGCUCUUACUUCAGCAGUGAUGAAUCAGAUUAAACUCAUCUCCAAAUCUAUGAAGACAUCGAUUUCUCAGUCUGUGUGUUUUAAAAUUUUCUAUGAGUUGUCAUGAUACAUCAAGAGUCCUAAUGUAAUAUAUGUAUAUAUAUAUAUAGGUAAGCAUUGUGGUGCUCUGAUUCAAUUCUGUAAAUAAUUUUAUUAACUCAUUUUUGUAAUAACGAAUUAAAGAAAUUAAUUCAGCUGAAUUGUAACAUUGUACGUAGAAGGUUUCCCUAUUAAAACCUCAAUGUCCCCUAAUAAUUACACCUUAAGGUAAACCAUUUAACAUAAUCAUUAUCUCAUUUUGUACUUUAAUAAGCUUGAAACUUCAGCAAUUUCAAAUACUUUGUGCAAUAAAAUGUGUCAUUCUACACAAA